UGCGCAGACUAGACCUAGACAGAGCUAGUGUGAAAUUCCUCUAUUGAAAAAAGUUCGCUAGGCAGCCAUGUACGGAGCUUUUAAAGGGACAUGGUUGAACAAAAAAUGUUCGUCCGACCCGAAAAAAAAAAUCGUUGGAACGAAUUUUUUUUUUGUUCAAACGAACUUCGUUCGAACAAAUUUGUUUUUCAUUGGAACGAAUUUUUCUCCCCACCAUGUCUUCUUAAAAGCUCCGUAUGGAUGCAAUGCAUAUGCGCAUGCUUGAUAGCAUUGAUAUGGUUUUUCUUGAGUGUCGGCUGCAUGGAGUCAUGUCAUCUGUCACGUCUACGUCUGUGCGUCGGGGAAAGUUGAGUUUGAAACGAAAAAGAGAUGCCGAAUAUUGUGGGGAAGAAGACAGCUCUACUAACAGAUUUUCAUAUGGCCAGCCUAGUGAUGGGAACAGUGCAGCACUUCUACAAGAAACAACUGCAGGCCGCUCUAGUGACUCUACCCAACCAGAACUUUCAUCUGCCCAGUUAGUCUGCAGUCCAGCAACAAGUAACAUUGGUUCAAAUGAAUUGAGGUCCAAUCAAGGUCAUCAGACCCAUCUUCCUGACCUACCAGCCUGGUAUGGUGUUAAGAAAAAAGAAGAGAAACUCCAGGCAUCAAGAACAGAAGUCCUCAAGGUUGGUGAUGUCAAGAUUGAAUGGCACCUUCUACCGAUGUACAUGUACUGCCACCUUUGCCUAACCAGGAGAAAACAAAAGAGGGCAGUAAAGAGCCAAGAGUGCUCAAGUACAUCUGCAGAGCCACACACAAAACAUGAUAUACAUGUAUGUACACAGAAUGUAGGAAAUGCUUCCGAGUACUCACAGUCAGCUAACAUCGGAAAUGAGUAUUGUCAUAGAUCUUUACUUCAAUUGAAGGGAGCUUUCUCUGAAGAUUCCGUCAGUAAUUCAAGCCUCAAAGAUGCCAAUUUUGAAAAUAAACCUGACUUUACAGUCAAUUCAGCUGCUCAGAAUUCGCCCAAACUUAAGCAUGAUGCCUCAGUAGGUAUUAAGCCAAGUGAUCACCAUGGUGAGUCUCUAAAUGCACACAUUAAUGGUAACUCCAAAAUGAGCCCAAAGAAUACAAGCACACCAGCCGGGGCAUUGCCAUGUUCUCCUGUAAGGAAGACUGUGAGCAUGGCCACAACAAGAACCAAAAGAACUGACCGGAAAGAACUGAGUCUGAAACAUUCUGGACAUCAUGAACCAUCACAGUUGAGAAAUAAGAAACAAAGUAGUGUGCCAAGAUCUGUCCAAAAGGAGACUGAUUCAGACAAACAUGUACAAACCUUAAAGAUAGAGAGGGCACCACAGACUAGUUCUCAUAUCAGAACAUUUCCAAAGGAUGGGCUGCAUUGCUCUUCUCUGUCUGAAGUUUACCAAGUACCGGUAACUGCCAUAGAUUCUGAGCAACAAGUUCAAUGUGAUGCCCAAAACAAGACUGAUAUGCAGCAUGGAACCUCAGAGAUGAAACUUGCCGACUCGUCAAUGUUACAGUUAAAAAAGGAUGUCAGAGAACAGUGUUUGCCAAGAAAUUCUAAAUUAUCUUGUAAACAUCAACCUGUGCCCAACUCUCAGCAUUUAAAAGACAAGUCCAUGAAUCCCAGUUACUCAUUGAAGAGCCAGUCUCCCACACUAUCAAAGACAAGAAGUGUACCUUUACCAGCAACAAAUUAUCACCAAGAAACCCAGGAUUCAGCGCUCUCAUCAGAUGUUAUUGUGCUUGAUGGUGGUGAAGAAGAAACCUUACCAACAUCCCUUUCAUAUAAACGAAAAUUGUCAAAAACUUUAAGGGACACACACACCACAUUUUCCAAGAAGUUGAAAACGGUAAAGUCAGUAGAAGAGACUUCUGCUAGCCCUGCUGCAAGGUUACUGUUUGAACCUAAAUGUCCAAUUAGUAAGCACAGUGUAAGAGACUACAAGCCAGGGUUUGGUGGACAGAAAAAGACUUCUCAGACUAGAUUGGAGAACAUGGGUGUGCAGACAACUCCUAGUCAAACCAUGAAGCAGCCUUCCAUACCUUUAAGUGACUGUCAAGCAGCUUCACAGAGGAAAUCAUCCACUGCCAAUCAAGGUAACCAUAUUUAUUCCAGGCAGGCCAUGUCAAGUACUGGCAAGAAAACAUCUUUGAAUAUGUUUUCAAAUGUGCAGCCUCUGUUUAAGAAGCAAACCACUGAACAGCUGGAAGCACAAUAUGAGGCAGACUCUUCAAAAAAUCAUCCAUUGAGUAACCAAACUCGGAAUCAGCAAAUGCUACCAAAGGGAACUUAUCCAAAGGGAAUUAACACUUGUAGAGAAAGCCACCAGAGUGCCCUUCACAAAGGGGUUACAGCAACCUUGAAGGAAUCUGCUCAGCAAGGAAAGAUGACAAGUGUCACCCUGCCAGCUGCCAGUGCCAAUUCAAGUCGGAAUCAACUCUCCAAGCAACCACACAAUCAAUCUACACCUACAUUCAAGCCAAACAUUGCAGUCAGCCCACUUGAAAAACCACCAUCAUUGUCAACAGGUUUUCACACAGCCAGGGAUAUCCAGGCUAAUCGGGACACCUACAUGUACAUGUACCCCAAACAGGGUACUAAAUCAAAGGUUGUUAGGGAUAGUACAAAACAUGACAGUAGAGCAAGACGAGAAACUACAUGUAGCUCUCCUAAGAAGGUUACUAACAAUAUCCCAUAGGACAUUUGUCAGAAUAUAAGGAGUAAGCCAGUCCCUUGUCAAUUCAUCAACUCGGACCACAACACCAAGCAAAGUACCACCACAGAGAGUGCUGCCAUUGAGAGCUGUCCUUUGUGUCGCUUGAAGUUCCCUGACAGCUUGACACCUUUUGGAAGAGACAGCCACAUAGCAGAGUGCUUGGCAGCGAGCUCUGAUAAUGCCACUUGGUAGGAUGACGGACAAGAGGAACUUUGAAGUGGAGUCUAUAAUCUGGUUACAUGCAAGAAUUGGUCGAUUCAAAACAGCAAUUUUCAUAGUAAUUGGUGUUUAACUUGAGCAUUUCCUGUUAACAUAUUGUACUCUGCAAUUUGUUGCACUUUUUUACAUUUUGUUCUUGCAACAAUGACUAUUCUUAAUUUGGUUAAUAACCAAGGAAAACUGUAAUUCCCUUAUCAAAGAUAAUACAUUUAUCUUUUAUUUGUAAAUGUUUUGUGUAGCAAAAUUACCGUGCAAUUAAUAAACCGUGCUUAUUAAUAACCUGUCUUUCUGUAACUUUGAGGGUAAUGGAAUGACAGUAAUGGAAUUAUGAGAUUUAUAUUGAUCAUAUGUACUACUUGUUUGAGUUUUGUCCGCUUUAAAAAAGCUGGCCUUUUUCAAACUGUGUCACAGCUGGGGCAUUCCAUUGCCACGUGGUAGUCAGUCUGUGUCAUUGGAAAAAAAUGCAUUUUUAGCUGACCUGUCUCGGCACAAUGGCACUAUGUGAGGAUGGUAUGUCCAAUUUACACAAAAUGGGUGUCAAACUGAAAAAAAUAUACAAAGGGGUAGCAAUCCCCCCACCCUACUAGGGUUAAAUGAUCAUGUUACUUGUAUCUAGCAAGAUGGGUAACUGAUGAUACAAGAUUAUUUAGCAAAGUGUCUCAGCAACUCAAGAUAGGUUCAUUCCUAUUUGGAAUAUGCUAAGUAAUUCCCACCAGGACUGCACCUUGUUUCAAAGGAAGGAGCUUUUCUUGAGCAUGUUGAUCUCAUUUAUUUGUCGAGUUAAACUAGCCUUGCCACUGUGGGUUUAGCUGGGCAUUUAUAAUCAGGCCAUGUCAAGAGGGUAUGUCCACUUGCUCUAGUCUACUUAGUAAGACUUCCUUGAUGGUAAGACAAGAUACUGUGGAAAUUGAGUGCAACUUGAAAAAAUGCACUGAGAAUAUUGUGCUAUAUGAAAUCUCAGGUGUAGAUGUCACACAUGUAUUUUUGACAUGCCGAGUUAGAGAGGUUGUGGAAGACAAGAAAAUCACACUCUCCAUGCAAUUUUAAGAAAGCAAAUAUAUUUACAGAUUGUCUGCAUAUUGAUGAGUAGAUUUUAUUAACAAAUUUGACAUAAAAGCAUCUCAUUUGCAAUGGCAUUCAAAAAAAAGUAAAAACAAUUUACUUUAAAUCAGAAAUACUAAGUAGACAAAAAUACUCUGGUCAGUAGCAGCUUUGUGUGUAAGACCACACAGCUGUAUAAAGUAACAGACUAUGAUAAACUCAUGACUUGCCCACUCACUGCAGUGCAGCCGUAGCUUAAUAAUGCAAAACGAAAAUGCAUGUAAGCUCUAGGCAGGGUUGAGAUGAGGGGUAAAUGAAACAUCCAGAAACUAAUCCGAGGUUUGAAGGCCCCACAGUAGCAUCAAGUCUAUAGUAUAAAACCUACAUGUAAAUUUGUGCUUGUCUACAUAUAUCAAUACCCCUUACAAUACCUAUUUCUUGUGCUCAAAAUCAACUUUUCAUACAUAAAAACAGGAUUUCUGAGAUUAAAAGAGAUUGUUUAAAAAUUAAUAAAAUCAGGGAAAAUCCUCACAAAUCUCACAUGUGCCUUGGAGAUUUUUGAUCACUUGAACUAGUUGUAUAAAUUAGCCUUUUUGAAGUACAGUGGCCGCAGUGAGAGGGUGCUAUUGGAAGUGGGUAAAUUUGAAUAAGAGAAAGAAUUUACGAAACCAAAUAGAGUUCUCUUAUUGCAUUCACCACAUGGUAUUUAUGAGAAGCUAAUAAGCCUUUAAAAGACGAUGUUAUACAAGAGUAGCUCCAUAAUGAACUGUACGGUACAUAAAUGUACUGCACAUGAUGGUUUCUGUUCACCACAAGCAGUGUUUAGCCCCUUUAUUAUAUGUAGUUUCCAUGUACAUGUGUUGUGGCAUUCAGCAUAGCAAAUUCUUUACUUUUUACCUUAAAAUGGAGUCUCCAAGUUUACAAUUUUUCCCCUCCAAAUCUUAUGUAAUGAAUGAACUUGAACGAUUUGCCAUUUGUCAGAGUACACAAGUAAUGUUGGGCAUCCAAAGUUUGUCCUGAUCUUGGUGAUGGAAUCGGAGUGUCUUCAGUCUUAGAGAAUCCAAGGUUGAAGUGUGUAAUGUGUAUACCAGAUAUUCAGAUUAUUUUGAGUGUUGAUGCAGAGUACCAGUUGGACAGUUUGCGAAUUUCCUUAAGGAUAUUUUAAGUAAGCACAAGAGGCUUACUUAAGUGAUAGAACUAACAACAGAAUUAACGCAUGCAAAAGUAAAUGUGAACUAUGCAAUUUUUAGUUUAUUAAUAUCAUAUUCAGUAACGACUCAAUAAACAUUAGACUUUGCAUACUUGUUUAUGAAUAUUCAUGUUAGAUUGUCUACCCCAUGGCCUACACCCAACUAUAUAACACAUGAUCAAACAUAAAGAAAAAGAAAAAAACACAAAGACGAAAAUAAAAUUGUAAUUGUUAAAUUAAGUAUACGGUAUUUUCAUAAUUUGAUGCUUGAAAAUAAGUUUCCACAAAUAAUUUAUGUAUAACAGUGAAACUAAAUUUAUGUAGCUAUUGGAAUUUUUGUAUCUUAAAUAAUAGUACCUUGUCGGUAACUAGAGUUGAGAAUGUUUGUUUAAUUUUUAAAAAUUUGUGAAAAUUGUUCUGGUGAGGUCAUUAUUACAGUGCAAGUCACAUACUGUAUGUUCACAUUUCUUGGAUAAAUAUCAGAUCACAUAAAAAAAAAACCUGCAGCUGAAAUUCAAACUAAAUGUGUGAAGAAUAUACACAUGCAGUAACUGCUGGAUACAAAAUACAUGUAGGUAGUUAGGUAUUGUUUUUAAUAAAUCUGCAUGUAGACUGAAAGUCAAAUAGCAAAGACAAAA